AUGGGAUUCCGGUCGCUGCUCCUUCUGCUGGCGCUGGUCGUCUACGUAACAUUGUGCUCAGGCCGCAAGGCGUCCGCUUGGCAUGGCCACACCUCCCCUGGAUCAACGAAGAUCGCCAAGUUCACGCCUUACUAUGUUCCACCCGGUGCUAAGAGCUACGACUCAUCCUCACCUCUUCUGCACUUUUCUAGGACUUGGGCUGAGUCGUGGCAUUCGGCGUACGUCCAGAAAACGCUACGGUCGACUUCGGAGCCUGGAGCAAGCAUGACUUUCACGUUCAUUGGAACUGGGAUCGAGUGGUUCGGAAACAUGGACAAGAAGCAUGGCUCUGCCUCAGUUUAUCUAGAUGGUGCCCUCGCUCAAAUCGUCAGUGCAUACAGCGACGUGGCUAUGAAGCAGCAGCGUAUCUUCUGGGCGUUCAACCUCGAACAGGGCAAGCACACCCUCAAGAUCGUUAAUGCAGGGGACGGUAACUCGACGUCUAGGGGCACAGUCACCGAUAUCGAUGCGCUUGUCGUCACUUGGGGUCCUCCUCCUCCUCCUAGGGCUCUCCGGAAAGACCUUACUGUGGGUCCUCGGACUAUGGCAUCUUAUAACCCAUCUCUCGACAUGUCGCCCCGGCAGGUCCCCGGAAACCAAUGGACUCUAGUUCAGAAGGGCUCUACUGGCGUGCACGCCAUGCAACUGGCCAUCAUCUCUGAAACUCACGCGCUUAUCAUCGACAAGGUUGAGCACAACCCGCUUACGAUCUCUGGACACCCCGCUUGGGCGGCGCUCUAUAACCUGAAGACUCAUGCCCUACAGCCUCUCUCAGUGCAGUCGAACUCGUUCUGCGCUGGGGGUACUUUCCUUAGCAAUGGUACCCUAGUGAAUGUAGGCGGCAAUCCUGUCGUCGAGGACCAUACGGCCGCUGCUGACUUUGGCGACGUUGACGGCCUUCAAGCAAUCCGUAUCUUCGAGCCUUGCGAGUUUGAUAACGUGGAGAAGUGCACGAUUUACGAGAACCAUGGUCGCAUUCGUAUGGCUAGCCCCCGCUGGUACAACACUGUCUUGCGUAUCUCUGACGGUAGCGCUAUGAUCAUCGGAGGCUCACGGAAGGGAGGCUGGAUCAAUAACGGUACAACCAAUAAUCCCACCAUCGAGUACUUUCCUCCGAAGAGCAUACACGACUCCAAUGGGCUCCCGAUUCACUUGCCUUUCCUCGUCGACACGUUGAACUCUAACCUCUUCCCGAUCGCCUUCUCGCUCCCCGACGGCUCGGUGUUCAUGGCGGCCAACCGCGACGCUAUGGUCUACAACUGGAAGACUAAUACUGAGCGCAGACUCCCUCGUAUCCCUAACGGCGUCCGCAUCACCUAUCCGAUGACUGGCACUGGACUCCUGCUGCCUCUGUCUCCGGAGAACAAUUACACGCCUGAAAUCUUACUCUGUGGAGGUUCGACUGUUGACGACACCAAAGCCGGGUAUCAGAUCUCUUCCCAAGAUCCUGCGUCUUCCCAGUGCUCGCGUAUAGUACUCACUGAAGCAGGUAUAGCCGCUGGUUGGCAAGUCGAGCAGAUGCCGAACGCCCGAACGAUGCCCGACGCUGUCCUCCUACCUACCGGCGACAUAGUCAUCGUCAACGGCGCGGGUAGUGGUAUUUCUGGUUAUGGUAACGUCAUUGGACAGGUCGGCGAGUCCAAUGCCGACAACCCUGUUCUCACUCCGGUAUUCUAUGACCCGUCCGCUGCUCCGGGGCAGCGCUUCUCGUCGGCUGGUAUGCCGACGAGCAACAUACCCCGCCUGUACCACUCGGUUGCCACGUUAACUCCUGACGGUGACGUUAUGAUUGCUGGUAGCAACCCGAACCUCGAUAGGAGCGAGGUCAAGUACGGCACGGAGUACCGCGUCGAGUGGCUGGGACCAGACUACAUGAACAGGGAGCGCCCCCAGAUUGUCGGCGGCGUGCCCAAGCUGCUCGGAUUCGGCAAGACGGCGAAACUCCAGAUACGACUUCCUGCCACUGUUCGUCAGGGAUCGAGCGUCCAGGCAGUUGCCCUCAUGGAUCUGGGCUAUAUCACACACGCCGUACACGCUAACUCUCGCCUAGUGUACCUGGUCAACUCUCUCUCCUCCGAUGGCACGGCCUUGACGAUAACUGGCCCACCGGACCGCAACAUUUAUCCUCCCGGACCAGGAUUCAUCUACGUCGUUGCAGAUGGCGUACCGAGUAUGGGAGUGCGGCUACUUGUUGGCGACGGCAGUGGCCCUGAGGUUGAUGAAUCGGCUCUGAAGAACGUCUUGGAGAAAACAGAAGUCGACCAAUACGAGCAGUCCAAAGACAAAUCGAACGGAGAUGGCACCGAAUAA